AUGAAUGCGAAUUCUCGCUGGCAUAAAGAUCUGGAUAUCCCCAAGACCGGAGGAUAUCUGGGGAUCGUCACGGCCAUCUACACCAUCGGAAACCUCGCUGGCUCGUUUGUGGCCGGCCCAGCAUCGGACCGGUACGGUCGACGCAUUGGUAUGUUUGUGGGCGCCGUCAUUGUCCUGACGGGGGCGAUUGUCAUGGCCACAGCAAAGACAUCCGGCGCAUACAUGGCGGGUCGAUUCCUAGCGGGCUUUGGGGUCGCCAUUGUGAGGUCCGCAGCUCCAGCGUUUGUGACGGAGAUCAGUCCUCCUCAAUGGCGAGGACCGGCGACACUAUUGUACAAUUCCCUCUGGCUGAUCGGGGCCAUCCUCGCCAGCUCCAUCGCAUAUGCAUCAGGGCCCAUCGACUCCGACCUGUCUUGGAGGCUUCCGCUCAUCCUGCAGGUCGUCCCGGCCGGCGUGGUAGUGGCAUUUAGCUUGUUUUUGCCCGAAUCUCCAAGAUGGCUCGUGGCCAACGAUCGCUUCGACGAGGCCAAAGCCCUGCUGGUCAAAUACCAUGCCGCGGGAGACGAGCACUCGCCAUUGAUCGCCUUGGAGAUGGCCGAGAUGCGGGCCAGCAUCAGACAGGCCGCAUCGGACAAAAGAUGGUACGACUAUUCGGAACUGGUCAGCACCAGAGCCAACCGCUAUCGCACCUUCUUGGUCGUCUCAAUGGCAUGCAUCGGACAAUGGGGAGGCAGCAAUUUGACCACGUACUACCAGGCCAAUAUUCUUCGCAGCAUAGGGGUCAAAGGCCAAUCCCGGCUCUUGACCUAUAACCUUGCCUACUACGUGUCGGCGCUCGGGGGCGCCACCACCGGCUCGCUCGUCUGUGACCGAGUCGGACGACGCAAGCUGCUCAUGUUUGGAUGUCUGUCCAUGUGUUGCUGCCUGGUCGGCUUGACUGGCUUGACCUCCCACUACCACUCCAGCCAGGCCGAGGCGGUGUCCAACUUGACCAUAGCGUUCAUCUUCUUUGUGGGCAUAUUCCACAGUGCCGGCAUCAAUCCACUGGUCGUGGCUUAUCCUGUCGAGUGCCUGCAUACCAACAUCCGUGCCAAAGGCAUGGGCUUGAACAAUUUCUGCCUCAAUGUCGCGGAGUUUGUCAACACGUAUGGAACUCCCAUCGGUCUCAAACGCAUUGGCUGGAGAAUCUACAUCAUUUACACUGUCUGGAACAUGGUGCAGGCGCUCUGGAUAUACGUCUUUUUUGUUGAGACCCGGGGCCGGACUUUGGAGGAGUUGGAUGUCAUCUUCGAAGCGAAGCAUCCGGUCAAAGAAUCGCUCAAGAGGGCGCGUCCAGUUGAACCCUUGCCUGCAGAAAGCGUCAAGACGGUUGAAGGCUGA